UUCUGUAGCUGGGUUGGGGUUGGCCGUACGUACCAUGAGUGGGGUUCCCCCCGGGCAUUAUUGCCAGAACAGAACCCUAAGCCAUGGUGCACGCCACAUCCCUGUGAAGAACUCUUGGACACAGGAGAGCAGACUGCCGCUUCUCUCCCUCUCUUCUCCUUCUUCCUCUUCGAUCUCCUUGUACGUACUCAUGGAUUUGGUCUCUCCCAUGGAGCACUUGUGUUACGUGCGUUGCACCUACUGCAACACUGUUCUUGCGGUUGGAGUUCCAAGCAAGCCGAUGAUGGACACAGUAACAGUGAGAUGUGGUCACUGCAACCAUGUCUCCUUUCUUAGCCCCAGACCCAUGGAGCAGUCCCAUAGCCCCACCAAUCAUCAGCUGGGCCUUCAGGGUGGUUGCAUGGACUGCCUGAGGAGCCAACCUUCGCCAUCAUCAUCAUCGUCGUCGUCGUCAUCAAAUUCAAAUGAACCAACAAUUCAAAAACCGUCGUUUGUCGUGAAACCUCCUGAGAAGAAACACAGAAUGCCUUCAGCUUAUAAUCGCUUCAUGAGGGAAGAAAUACAGCGAAUCAAAGCAUCUAAACCCGACAUUCCUCACCGCGAAGCUUUUAGCAUGGCUUCGAAGAAUUGGGCAAAGUGUGAUCCUCGUUGCUCAAUUAUCGACGAUAAGCUGGCGCCCGUUCCACAAGUGGAAAGAAGUUGCUCUACAAUGGAAAACUCCAAUUUUAAUGAACAAACGGAACAGAAGGAUUAGGGUUCCCAAUCAACAUAUGGAGCUCUGUUGUUAAGCUUUGCUUGGAUCUUGUCCUCUCCCUAUAAAAAAAAAACAACUCCAUGCUGUAGUAUUUCCUAGGAGGAAAUGAUAUAGAUGUGGCUCAUAUGAAUUGAAUGCAUAUAUGUGAAUUUUCAUGAUCCAGACCUAAGUAUUCAGUGUGUAGAGAGAAAAAAGAGGACUGCCAUUGAAGGUUAAGUUAUGAAGUCUCUAACAAGUUAAUUGAGGUAGAUAAGCUUUGACCCAGGAAGGAGUAUGAGGACUUGUGUCAAACAUAAAAAUGCACUUUCAUCUAUCUCUAUGGUUUUGAUGAGUUCAAAAAGUUAUCUAUUCAACCCAAGUCUUGACAAGGAUUUGUCAGCAGCUAUGUACAUGUCUUUUAUGUUUAAUGGACAAGAGUUUGCAACACCAAAUCAAUCAAAGCAAACUUCUAUAAAUCAAUUGAGUGCAACAUGUUAUUGAAAUUUCAGCAUUAG